CUCAACUUUACUGUCGCUCUUUCAGUCAAGAUGCUUUCGGUUUUGGUCCUCGCACUUUCUGUGCUUGUGGGCACUGGGGCAGCGACGAAGAGCGGCGUGAAGGGCAAGGCGUUUGAUCGCUUGGUGAUCAUCUGGCUUGAGAAUACCGACUAUGACCUUGCAGUUGGAGAUCCGAACCUAGCAUGGCUGGCGAAGAAAGGAAUUACGCUGUCGAACCACUUCGCGGUAACGCAUCCUUCAAUGCCAAACUAUGCGGCAGCCAUUUCCGGAGAUUAUUAUGGAAUCAACCAUGAUGCCAUGACCUCAAUCCCUUCCAAUGUCUCCACCCUCGUAGACUUGCUCGAGGAUAGAGGCAUCAGUUGGGGCGAGUAUCAAGAGGAUAUGCCGUAUACAGGAUUCGAGGGGUUCGAGUAUAGGAAUCAGCAGACCGGCGCAAAUGACUAUGUUCGCAAACACAAUCCGGCUGUCUUGUACGACUCCACAGCAGACAAGAGUGAACGGUUAGCGAAGAUCAAAAACUUGACACUGUUCGAGGCCGACCUGAAGGCGAACGCGCUACCUCAGUGGAUGUUCAUCACCCCGAACAUGACAAGUGAUGGGCAUGAUACGACCGUCACUGUCGCUGGGAUAUGGACACGUACCUUCCUCGAACCACUCCUGAAUAACAAAAACUUCAUGAACAACACUCUUGUUCUAGUCACCUUCGAUGAGAAUCAUACCUACACGAAGCAGAAUCGAAUUGUUGGCAUCCUCCUUGGAGACGCCGUUCCUUCCAGUCUGAUAGGCACCACCGAUGACAACUACUACAACCACUAUUCCGAGAUAGCUACCGCACAAGCAAACUGGGGCUUGCAUACUCUCGGACGAUGGGAUGUAGGCGCCAACGUAUUCAAGUUCGUGGCCGAGAAGACCGGGGAGACCGUGAGGAAAUGGUCCGGGAAGAUUCCACUGAACCAGAUGUACUUCAAUGUCAGUUAUGCAGGAAAGCUGAACAACAAAAACACCUCCGUUCCAUGGCCGGUGCCAAACACGAAGGCAGAAUAUUCGGGAAGGAGGGUGUUGCCGGCUGUAAUCCAAACCUGGGGAAGCCUUGCGGACAAGGCUGCAUAUACGACGGGGCUGGAGACUCCGGAUGGACUUCAUCCAGAGGCGGAAUUCAAGUGAACCUAUUUUCGAUGUAAAUAUAUCAGAUGACCAGCGAAAGCAUAGCGCACAUGCUGG